AUGGAUUACAAAACCAAUGAAGAAAAGAAGCGGCAAGCUUUCAGGGCCACUUGCAUAAGACUGAAAGCAUAUCUGGCUGAGAAGAGACUGGCCAGAGAAGAACAGCUAUAUGAAGAGGUAUCGGCCAGCACGGCCGAUAUAAUUGAAGAAGGUUUCGAAAAGCUGGAUGCAAUCCAACUUGAAGAUUUGGAGUCAGCCCCUUCCAGGAUGGAAGAUAAUAAAGCAGAGGUGCAAGAUCCUUUAUUGGAAAUAAAUGUUGGUACUAAAAAAGAUAAUCGGCCAUUAUUUGUUAGUGCUUUGCUUGAGCCUAAAUUUCAGGCCGAUUUGAUUAAAUUAUUAAAUGAAUAUAAGGAUUGCUUUGCUUGGAGUUAUGAAGAGAUGCCUGGCCUGUCUAGAAAAUUGGUAGAACAUAGAUUACCGAUCAAGAAAGAUUUUCAGCCAUAUAAACAACCACCAAGAAGGAUGUCUUCGGAAGUAAUGCUCAAAAUUAAAGAAGAAAUUGAGAGACUUCUUAAGGCAGGAUUUAUUCGAACAGUUAGGUAUGUUGAAUGGCUGUCUAAUGUUGUUCCGGUAAUGAAGAAGAAUGGUAAACUUAGAGUUUGUGUGGAUUUUCGCAAUUUAAAUAAUGCCACUCCAAAAGAUGAAUAUCCAAUGCUUGUGGCCGAUCAACUUAUUGAUUCGGCCGCUAAGCAUGAAAUAUUGUCUUUUAUGGACGGCCAUUCAGGUUAUAAUCAAAUCUAUUUAGCCGAGGAAGAUAUUCAUAAAACGGCUUUUAGAUGUCCUGGGUCAAUUGGUACUUUUGAGUGGAUUGUGAUGCCAUUUGGCCUAAAAAAUGCUGGGGCUACUUAUCAAAGGGCAAUGAAUUCUAUCUUUCAUGAUAUGAUUGGCCGAUUCAUGAAAAUUUAUAUAGAUGAUGUAGUUGUGAAAUCAUCGGCCAAGAGACAGCAUUUGGAACACUUGAAAAGGGCCUUUGAAAAGAUGAGGGUUCACAAAUUGAAAAUGAACCCAUUGAAGUGUGCAUUUGGAGUUUCAGCCGGGAAUUUCUUGGGGUUCUUGGUACACAAACGAGGUAUUGAAGUUGAUCAGAACAAGGUCAAAGCUAUUAUAAAUGCUAGGGCCCCAGCCAACAAAAAACAAGUGCAAAGGUUCCUCGGCCAGGUAGGUUUUCUUAGAAGAUUCAUUUCUAACCAUGCUGGCCGAGUGCAUGUCUUUUCGACUUUAGUAAAAUUAAAGUCACAUGAGAAAUUUCAUUGGGACGAAUCCCAUCAGAAGGCCUUUGACAAAAUAAAAGAGUAUUUGGCAAACCCCCCGGUUGUAAUGCCUCCAAGAAAGAAGUGGCCGUUAAAGCUUUAUUUAUCGGCCGCAGAAGAAUCAAUUGGUAGUAUGCUCGCACAAGACAAUGAACAUGGAAAGGAGCAGGCUGUCUACUACCUGAGUAAAGUACUAACUGAUGUAGAAUGCAGAUAUUCCUCAAUUGAGAAGCUUUGUUUAUCUUUGUACUAUUCAGCCAAGAAGCUGAGAGUAUACAUGCGGCCUGUUGAUGUUUACAUUCUUUGUCAGACUAACGUGAUCAAGUAUAUGCUAUCAAGGCCAUUGAUCACUGGCCGAAUAAGUAAGUGGGCUUUGGCUUUGAUGGAAUUCAAUUUUAUCUACGUCCCACAAAAAUCAGUAAAAGGAAGGGUUCUGGCUGAUUUUUUGGCCGAUCAUCCUUCAACUGAUAUUGAUCCAUGGGUUUAUAAUGAAUUGGAGUCAUCAGCUAUAUUCUUAACUCCUUGGAUCUUGAUGUUUGAUGGAUCAAGCACGGUUGAUAGAGCAGGAGCAGGUAUUGUUAUUAUUUUGCCAGCUGGCAGAAAGGCUUCAUUCUCUUUCUUUUUAGAUUUUAAAUGUUCAAAUAAUCAGGCCGAAUAUGAAGCGCUUAUAAUCGGCCUGGAGAUUUUAAUUGAAAUGGCUUUCUGGCCGAGAGGGCAGAAUAAGGAGGCCAACAGCAUGGCCCAAGCAGCCUCAGGAAUAAGAGUACCAGCCGGAAUAGAAGAUCAGUUGAUAAAGAUAACACGAAGAUCUUUGCCAUCGGCCGAAUUGAGAAAUACUAUGUUAUUUGAUACUUGGACAAUUGAUGUAGAAGAUUUGGCCGACGAUGAUUGGAGGUUACCAUUUAUAAUGUUUCUUCGAAAUCCAAACAUCAAGGCUGAUAGAAGUAUUAAAAGAAAAGCGAUCAACUUUGUGCUUCUAGAUGGGGAUCUAUACAGAAAAUGGUUAGAAGAUGGGCUCCUACUACAAUACAUAAGCAAGGAGGAAUCACUUCAGGUUAUGGCCGAGGUACAUGAGGGCAGCUGUGGGGCUCACCAAGCUGGGAUUAAAAUGAGAUGGUUGAUUCGCAGGUAUGGAUAUUAUUGGCCGAGAAUGAGGAAAGAUUGCAUAGAUUACUCAAAAGGUUGUCAAGCUUGUCAAAGACACGGGCCGAUUCAAAAUGUACCAGCAAAAGAAUUACAGCCAAUAAUCAAACUUUGGCCAUUCAGAGGUUGGGGCCUUGACCUUAUUGGUAAAAUUAAUCCACCAUCAAGCGAAGGCCAUCAUUGGGUGAUUGUUGCCACAGAUUAUUUUACUAAAUGGGUUGAGGCCAAGGCUUGCAAAGCGGUUGAUCAGCAAACAGUGAUUAAUUUCAUGGAACAAAAUAUCAUCCACAGAUUUGGGAUUCCAGAAACACUUGUUUCAGACAAUGCAAUAGUAUUUAGGGCAACUGAUGUACUACAAUUCGGCCACAACAUGAAUAUUCAUAUGUCAGCCUCUACGCCAUACUAUGCUCAAGCAAAUGGCCAGGCCGAAUCUUCAAACAAAAUUUUAAUAGAGAUCAUUGAAAAAAUGAUCAAAGAUAAGCCAAGAAGGUGGCAUGAGACUUUGUCUGAAGCUUUAUGGGCCUAUAGGAACUCAAAAAGAACAGGCACAGGAGUUACACCAUACAUGUUAACUUAUGGUCAUGAUGCUGUUCUGCCUAUGGAGAUGAAGGUUAAAUCAGCCAGAGUUGCUUUUCAAAAUAAUCUAACUCCAGCUGAUUAUACUCAAGCAAUGUUGGUAGAAUUGGAAGAUUUGGAUGAAGUUAGAAGGGAUGCCUUGGAUCAUAUCAUAGCUCACAAGAAGAAGGUGAUGAGGAUCUACAACAAGAGGGUAAAACCUAAGUCUUUUGAUGAAGAAGAUUUGGUUUGGAAACUUGUUUUGCCAGUGGGUAAAGUCGAUAGGAAAUAUGGGAAGUGGUCCCAAAAAUGGGAAGGGCCAUACUUAGUCCAUCAAGUCUUAAGUGGAGGAGCAUAUAGGCUGAAGUAUUUCAGUGGCCGAUUACACGACUAUCCCAUUAAUGGCAAGUACCUCAAGAGGUACGUACCGGCAAUCUUUGAAAGGGAAAAUUAG